GUCCGUUCACGUUUCACACACUCUCCUCAAAUCACACUCUUUUCUCCCCUGGACUCUCUCUCUCUCUCUCUGCCCUCUCGCUUUCUCUCUCUAAAACCACCACUCCCUUGAAAUCGUGAUUCUCGUUCCAGUUUCUCACUGUUGCUUUCCACCGAGUAUUCUCUCUCUAGAAAUCCAACUUUCUCUCCAACCAAACAGCGGCAACCUCUCUCUGCUCAUUUCUCUCCCUAAGAAACUACCGAAUUUUCAGUUUCGGCUCAUCUCCUACCUCCAUUUCUCGUUGAUCGGAGUUUAUACGAGUGUGAGAUGAUUCAUCUAUGAGUAGAGUUCAGUCGCAUUUGUCUUCAUCGUCUUCUCUCUCUAGAAACGCCUAUAUAUAGAGAGAGAAACAGAAACAAGUGUUUGGUUUGGUUUGGUUUGGUUUUUGUGAAUCUCACUUUUGGAGCCGAGCUAGGGCUUCAAAAAUGGAGAAGAAACAGGGAUUCUUUUCAGCUUUGAAAGAAGAGGUGGUGCGAGGGCUAUCUCCUGCGAGGUCACGUGCGAAGAGCCCGGCUCGGAGCGGGUCGCCGAUGUCGGGUCUGCUCCGACGGAGGAAGCAACAGAACCACGUGGUGAAUCCUGAGCCGUUGUCAGUGAGAUCCGGAAGCAUGAGGAUCGUCGGAGAGACACUGACGCCGUUGAUGGAGGGUCCGGAUCCUGACGGAGGCGAAGUCGGGGAUUCGAAGCGGGGCGGGUUGGGGCAGUGGAUGAAGGGACAUCUCUCGAGGACUCCAUCAGUGGCUUCUUCGAAUGCAUAUAAGCGGUCUGAUCUGAGAUUGUUGCUCGGUGUUAUGGGCGCUCCACUCGCCCCUGUGCACGUUAGCACCAAUGAUCCUUUGCCCCACCUCAGCAUCAAGGAUACUCCCAUUGAAUCUUCUUCUGCUCAGUACAUAUUACAGCAAUAUACUGCUGCAUCAGGAGGGCAAAGGUUGCAGAACUCCAUUCGGAAUGCAUAUGCUAUGGGAAAGGUGAAGAUGAUAGCUUCAGAGUUUGAAACUGCCACAAGGGUAACGAAAAAUCGAAUUGCAGCAAAAGAUGCUGAGUCAGGUGGAUUUGUCCUCUGGCAGAUGAAUCCAGACAUGUGGUAUGUUGAGCUUGCAGUGGGGGGAAGCAAGGUUCAUGCUGGCUGCAAUGGUAAGCUCGUCUGGAGACACACCCCAUGGCUUGGUGCCCAUACUGCUAAAGGGCCUGUUAGACCUUUACGGCGUGCCCUUCAGGGUCUUGACCCCAGAACCACUGCCAGUAUGUUUGCCGAUGCAAGAUGUAUUGGAGAGAAAAGGAUUAAUGGCGAGGAUUGCUUCAUCCUCAAGCUUUGUGCUGAUCCUCAGACCUUGAAGGCCAGGAGUGAAGGCCCAGCAGAGAUCAUAAGGCACGUCUUGUUUGGCUACUUUAGCCAGAAGACUGGCCUUCUUGUUCACAUGGAGGAUUCUCAUCUGACCCGGAUCCAAUCUAAUGGUGGUGAUGUAGUUUACUGGGAAACCACAAUCAAUUCGUUCCUUGAUGAUUACAGGCCUGUUGAAGGGAUCAUGAUUGCACACUCUGGGCGUUCUGUGGUGACCCUUUUCAGGUUUGGCGAGAUGGCAAUGAGCCAUACUAAAACACGGAUGGAAGAAGCUUGGACUAUUGAAGAGGUUGCGUUCAAUGUUCCGGGUUUGUCAAUAGACUGUUUCAUCCCCCCAGCCGACUUGAGAUCUGGUUCCCUUAGUGAAACCUGUCCCUCAAGACGAAAGGGGAAAGAGUGUGAUUGCCCUGUGCAGCCCAUCGGCUAAAGUUGCAGCACUGGAGAAAGCACACGACAGCACCAUUGACAAUGUGGUUUGGAAAAUGGAAGUCUAACAAAGGUUAGGAAGAAGAAGAAAAGAAAAAAAAAAUUAAAUAGGACAAUUGUUUAUAUGGGGGUAGUUUUUAAUUGACUGACACAUCAAAUUACAAUGUAGGAAUUGAGUCAUUGAUGAGUUUUCUAAGUUAGGUCAUGCCUCUAUUAGUCUGUGAAUAGAGCAAAAUUAUUCACAGGCUCUACCCGGGCCUAAAUGAAUCUUUAUACUCUCAAUGCAGAAUCCAACUAUGGUGUUGGAGCUCGGUUUUCCCACUGACGGAUGGAGCAAUGGAGAUUUAUUUUUACUUCACCUUCCAUUCAUGGAGGAAGGUGGUGAUGCUUUGAUAUAGUAGGACCACUAGCCUUGUGUGAUUUUACUAACUCUCUCGCCUAAAUGUAUACAGCAGUGGCAAGAAGAACUCUGCUACAUGGAUUGACCCUAAGGUCUUACUUUUUCUUUAAAAAAAUUCUUAAGGUGUUUUUGAGUGUGUUAGUGUCAGUGUUGGUGUGGGUUUGUGUGGUAGCUGUUGAUAGUUGUUUCAGGUUGGGGCAAAGGUAUUUCACCUGCCGGAGUGAAGUCUGUCCUAUGUGGGUUUCUGGUUUUAUCUUGUCAGACUGUCGUGUGUCGGUGCAGUGUAAGGCUUGGAAGAGAUGAUGUAAACAGAAAACUGUAUCAGAUAUUGAAUGCUUAUGAAUGCAAAGAGAGUGAGAUAAACAUCUUUCUUCAUCUCUUUUCAUUUGGAUCUUUGUGAAUUGUACAUUUCAAUAUCCUCUUGAAUGCAAAGUUCUUUGAUGAUAAGAUAGUAUAUUUCUUCU